UUUAAGUGUGAAGGGACUAUAAUAUAAAUUGACAACCCUUAAAAAUAGGUUGAGGCUCACACAAUUUACAUGAUCUGGUCUCACUACAAAAAAGGUGCUAAAAUAAGCCAACUCGUCCCGAGACCUCAAGAAACAAAGGCGGGAAAUGAACAAACAGAGUAUCUGGUGAAACUCAUGUAACAAAGCGAUGAGCGACUCCGAUGAAGAUGCGCGUGAGGAAGUGCGUCAGAUAAAGCACGGAGAGCUGCGGGCGGCAGUAAGCGCCGGAGAUGAGCGGACUGUGCGGGUCCUGCUGGCGGCCCUGGGGACUGAGCGGCAGAUUAUAGUCAAUAUGGCUCCAUCAGGAGCGAAUACCCUACUUUUCAUAGCCUGCCAGUCGGGCUAUGAGAGCAUCACCCAGCGGCUGCUGGAUGCUGGAGCGGAUGGCCGCUCCCAUGCCGUCACCAGGUACUCACCGCUUUACGCGGCCGUCCACAGCGGUCACUUGGGCAUCGCCCGGCUGAUGCUGGAUCGCUUCCCGGAGCUCAUUCAGCAGCCGACUGUCGAGCGCUGGCUCCCGCUGCACGCGGCCUGCAUCAAUGGACACAUCAAGCUGCUGGAUCUGCUCAUCGGCUACAGCUAUCCCGACUACCUCUACCAGACAUAUCGAGACGAGGAGGGCCAGUGGGAGUGGAGACUGCCCUUUGACGCCAACGCCCACGAUGUGACAGGUCAGACCAGCCUGUACAUAGCCAGCAUUCUGGGAAACAAGCAGCUGGUUGGGGUACUCCUCAAGUGGCAGCUUCACUGCCGCCGCACGUUGGGCGAUUCCGCCAGCUCGGUGAGCACUCCAAUCACUCCGACCAGGAAACGCAUUUCGUUUGGCAUUCAGGCCAUCAUGUCAAAGCUGCACAUAUCUGGUGAAUCGGAAGGACCCGAGGAACAGGCUGCCCAGGAGUCCACAGAAUGCCAAAGAUGUCCCAUCAACGUAAAUCUGCUGUGUGGCGCGGCAAGGGAAACAGCUCUGCUGGCGGCGGUUCGGGGUGGCCACUUGGAUGUGGUGCAGGCCCUUUUGCAGCACGGAGCAAAUCCCAAUAUCGUGGCUAAGCCAGUGGAGGAUCACAACGACCCCAAGUGUUGCGAGGAGAUAUACGGUCUGAGCAAUGUCCCCAUUGCCGAGGCGUGCAAGCAAAGGUCGCUAGCAAUGUUAGAUCUCCUGCUGAAACAUGGAGCCCGUGACGAAAAUGGUUCGGCCAUUGGCAUGGCCAUCACUGGCGGCGAUGAGGCCAUCCUGAGCCGCCUGUUGGCUCGCCGCGUCCAUCCGGACUCGGACUACAAGAUCAACAAGAAGGGCCUACCGACACCGGUGGAGGUGAAUGUGUUCUUGCCGUCCACCAGCAACAUAUCCUACAGCGCCAUGUUUCCCAAUGUGCCCACUAUUAUCGACUGGCACAGUUUGGGCUCCAGCGUUCAGUUGUCAGUAGUAAGGGUUCCCUGGAUGGUCAGCGGAGUGCUGCUCCUGAAUCCCAAGCUGCAGUCGCACGCCCGUCUUAAUGAGGUUGCUCUGACCGCCAUCACGCGAAUCGACUUCUCGCACAAUGUUCUCACAGCAAUUCCGCAGGAGUUGUUCCAUCUGGUUAGCCUAAAGUAUCUUAAUGUGGCUCAAAACAGGAUAACCGAUCUGCCCGCGCCGAUGGGUAAGGCGUAUGCCUGUCCCGUUUUGGAUGAGCUUUUCCUGCAGGACAACCAAUUAACAACAUUACCGGCUGCCAUCUUUCACCUUCCCGCUCUCUCUAUUCUGGAUGUUUCAAACAAUAAGCUGCAACAGCUACCUUUUGACCUGUGGCGUGCGCCCAAGCUGCGCGAACUGAAUGUGGCCUUCAAUCUGUUGAGGGAUCUUCCUGUGCCGCCGAUGCAGACGAGCAGCUCGCUUCUGAGCCUGGACAAACUACAACUGCAAAGUUUCGAGGAGCCGCACUCAAACAAGCCGCGCAACGUGACCGAGCAGCGGCUUACCCAUCGGAAUUUGUGGUCCGCAUCUUUGGACAUAACCGACAACGACAUGAAGUGGCAGCAUGACCAGGAUUUCGGAGAUGGAAAGACUCCUGGAAUGGGCUCUUCACAGCUGAGUAGUCUGAACAUAGCGAACAACCUGUUCACUAGCAUUCCCGCUGCUCUGCCCUGCCUGGCGGUUAACUUGACCCGGCUGAACAUGUCGUACAACAGCCUGCGUUCCAUGGGCCACGUAACAAGCUAUCCGGCCACGCUGAAGCAGUUGGAUCUGAGCCACAACGAGAUCUCUUGCUGGCCAAGCCUGCCCCGGAUAACCGAAUCGGAUCCGCACCUAUUAUGUUACAGUUGUGUCCAGCUGCCGGAGGGUCGGGAGGAGGAGCAAUCCUACAAGACGGCAUCCUCGAAGGGCAGCUGCUCCUCCGUCACUUCCUUCCGGGCCUCGGUUUUGAAGAGCGUCUGCCGGCACAGGCGUCAUCUGCGCCUGGAGGCGCUGCGCACGUUGAUCCUGGCGGACAACCUGCUCACACGCAUCCAGUUGUCGACUGACGACGCCACAACGCUGUUCAACGAGAGCGAGGACGCCGACUGGAGUGUGGUGGGCGUGAACCGGUCCAAGGUGAUAUUCCCCAACCUGUCCAUGCUGGACAUGACCAACAACUGCCUGAAGGAGAUCCCUGCCUCGCUGCACGAGCUGAGCAGUCUGUCAGUGCUGAACAUCAGCGGCAACGUGAACAUCACAGAGCUGCCGCCGCAUUUGGGGCUUCUCUCGCGACUUUGGAAUCUCAACACGCGCGGCUGCCUGCUGCAGGAGCCACUGCGCUCAAUGAUCGAGAGCAAGAAGCACAAGACGAUGGACAUCGUGGGAUACCUUAAGUCCAUAUACGAGGAUGCCCAGCCUUACGCGAGAAUGAAGCUGAUGGUUGUGGGCGUGGCUGGAAUCGGCAAGAGCACUCUGCUGGACUUGCUGCGCCAGGGAGCGGGUUCCGGAUCCAGCUACAGUUCGCACAGAUCUCGCGCCACCGAAAACCAUUGGGCCAAGCGAAUGGGACACGCGCGCAGCACCUCUCGAUCGCACCGUCAUUCGUCCGCCUCCAGCGCGAAUAUAUCCACGGUGGGCGUGGACAUCGGCACCUGGAUUUGUGAGAAGCGGAAGCGAGCGCCCGGCUCCCACGGCCCGGUGGUGUUCCGAACUUGGGAUUUUGGUGGCCAGAAGGAGUACUACGCCACCCACCAGUACUUCCUGUCCAAGCGGAGUCUGUACUUGGUGCUGUGGCGUAUCAGCGACGGCCACAAGGGGCUGGCCGAACUGCUGCAGUGGCUGGGCAACAUUCAAGCGAGGGCGCCCAACUCUCCCGUCAUCAUUGUGGGCACACACUUCGAUGCGGUCGGCGAGUCCAUCUCUCCUCAGCAGGCAGAGCAGCUGCAGCAACUGAUUCGGGAGAAGUUCAUCGCCAUUCCCGAUGCGGAAAAGAUCGGGCUGCCACGAGUGAUUGACUCGAUCGAAAUUAGUUGUCGUUCCCUACAUAACAUCCACUUGUUGGCCAACAUCAUUUACGACACCGCGAUGCAAUUGCGGUCGCCCGGCUCCAAGGAGCCCAUGCUGCUGCAAAAGAUCCCCGCCAGCUACAUUGCCCUAGAGGACAUUGUGAAUGUUAUUGCCUGCAAUCUGCGCGCGGCAGGACGAGAUCCUGUCCUGGACGGCGAGCAAUACAGACGCUUGGUCACCGAACAGAUGCGACUGCACAAUUACAAGAGUUUUCGGGAUGCCGCCGAGCUGCAGCAGGCCACCACGUGGUGCCACGAGAAUGGCGUUUUGCUGCACUACGACGAUGCCACGCUCAGGGACUACUACUUCCUCGACCCGCAGUGGCUAUGCGACAUGCUGGCCCAUGUGGUCACCGUGCGGGAGAUCAACCCAUUCGCCCCGACGGGUGUGAUGAAGUUGGACGAUCUCCAGCUGCUCUUCCGCAGUGUACAGCUUCAAGGAAACGGGAACAGGAGCUACAUUGUCAGCUUGUUGAACAAGUUCGAAGUGGCUUUGACGUGGGACUCGAGGACUCUACUCAUUCCCUCUCUGCUGCCGUUGCAAGAAGCAGCCACACCCAACGCUGGUAGCACAGUGAAGCUUUCGCAACGUUCCCGUGGCCGUAGCUUAGGUUGCUCCGUUUCACAGGAAGUGAAUCUUAAUAAUCUGAUCUACGAGCAAAGGUCCACUACUUCAGCAUCUUCUUCGGCUACUGCUAGUCAGGGACUGCGACGCAUUCUUCUAAUGACUUAUUUUCCGUCCGGAUUCUGGUCGAGAUUGAUCACGCGUAUUCUAGCCGAUGAACAGAUCAUCGAGGCGAUUCGCGGCGUUUAUGUGGCUUCGCAAGAUAAGUAUGUGGAGUUUGAUUUGCGCACCUCAUUGGAGCAGGACACCCAGUGGAAUCUGUGGCAGACAGGCUUAGCCCUGUACUAUGGACCAAUUUUAAUAUUUAAGAUCUGGGAAGUCCCCUUUCAAAACACAGAACGAACGCAACCCUUCCGCGCAAAUGGAAACCGCUUUAAGCUAAAACUGGACGGAAUUUGGAGCGACGUUAAUCUGAGCUCGUCCAGCAUUCUGGAGGUGUACUUUCCACUUUACGAAGUGAACAUAUCCCAGGAGGUGGAUGACCGAGAACGUCAGCUGCUGGCCGAGCUUCAGCCGCACGUGUCCCAGGUGGCAAAACUGUUGGCCCUGGCAGUGGAUCACAUUGAUUUGCUUCUAGAGGACUGGUAUCCUUCGCUGGGCACGCGGUUUGUUCACACCUCGGAGGGUCGUUUCCUGAUCACUCGUUUGGUGUUGUGUCCGCGCUGUCUCUGGAAACUGCAGUUGCAGCACAGCAAUGAACCCGUGGAUCGGGAGCAGCCUCCAAUGGGAUGCAAUAGACCAAGUCGGAGCAGCAGACGCGGAGCGGGAGCGUACUUCUUGCACGGAGUCGGUGAUCCUGGUGAGGAUGGAGCCUUAAACGUAUUCUCCGCAUAUCUCAACGCCACAGCAAGGAGGGAGCGACGAUCUGAGGAUUCAUUGGGUGCCGGCUCGGAUGCGGACUCGGGCGUGGGUCCCGAUUCCGCCGGUUCUUCGCGCAACACCUCGGUUGACGGACACCCAGGCUAUCACCUGCCCGACAACUCGAACGUUUGCUACGCCUGGAUGAUUGAGGAGUGCAUCCUGUCCGUUUACAAUCAAAGCAAGAUCAGCUGUCCGGUGCAUCUCGAGCAGUCGAUGGCCCAACUAGCUCCGGACGUCAUAUUUGCUGAUAUACCUGAUAAGCACACUAUUCCUCCGGAGUGCAUCAUCAAGGGAUCGAUGCUCGGGCGCGGUGCCUUUGGAUUCGUCUUCAAAGCGAGUUGCAAGAUAAGGGGCGCCAGAUCCUUCAAGCCGGUGGCCAUGAAAAUGCUUCAGCCAGUGCCCCCCGGAGCUCGGGCCAAGGAGAGCGCUCUGAUGGCCUUUAAGGUGGCUCUGGGCAAGUGGGACCGGGAUCCGUUGCAGCACUCCUGCAAAGCCUACUGCACCGCUCGCCAGGAACUGGCCGUACUGCUAACGCUUAAGCACCCCAACAUAGUGCCCCUGGUGGGGAUCUGCAUAAAACCGUUGGCCUUGGUUCUGGAACUAGCUCCUUUGGGCGGUCUGGACGCCCUGCUGCGACAGUACCGACGCAGUGGCGCUCACAUGGGUCCGCAUACGUUCCAGACCCUUGUCCUGCAGGCGGCACGGGCCAUUGAGUAUCUGCAUCGUAGAAGGAUCAUCUACCGCGAUCUAAAGUCGGAAAAUGUGUUGGUUUGGGAGCUGCCGCAGCCGCACACUGAGGACAGUCCUCGGAAUCAUGUGCACAUUAAGAUUGCCGACUACGGCAUCAGCAGACAGACUGCACCCAGCGGAGCCAAGGGAUUUGGUGGCACCGAAGGCUUCAUGGCUCCCGAGAUCAUACGCUACAACGGUGAGGAGGAAUAUACCGAGAAGGUGGACUGCUUCUCCUUUGGCAUGUUCAUAUACGAGAACAUCAGCUUACGGCAACCUUUCGAGGGGCACGAGUCCAUUAAAGAGUGCAUUUUGGAGGGCAGUCGUCCGGCACUGACGCAGAGGGAGACGCAGUUCCCCACCUGCUGUCUGGACCUGAUGGUCCUUUGCUGGCACGAACAGCCGCGUCGCAGACCCACGGCCAGCCAGAUUGUGUCCAUACUCAGUGCCCCGGAGUGCAUUCACCUGCUGGACGUGGUGGCCAUGCCGCACAGCGAGAAGAUUGUGUGCGGAGUGUUUCAGUCGCUGGUCGGCGUGGGCGAUGAGGAGCGGUGCGGACUCGAGUUGUGGCUGCCCUCCUUCGGCUCCCGCAUCGACAUACUGGACUGUACCCCUGCCGGCAGUUUGCAGCAGUGCCACAGCAUCAGUUGUUCGCCGCAGCCACAGGUGGCGCCGCCGCCCAAGACUCCUCCCGAAAAUGGGGCCCACUCACGAGCCCGAUCCGCUCAACGCUCGCCCAAAAUGAACAUGCUGUGCUGCUGCCUGGUGGGCGAGGCCAUCUGGAUGGGCGACGUUUCUGGCAACCUGCAUGCCUACAGCACCACCACCUACGCCCACUUGUUUUCUUACAUGCUCGACCCGGCCAUUAAGUCAGCUGUGGUCAGUCUAGUCUACAUGGAGCGGAUAGCUCGCGUGGCCGUGGGCACACACAAUGGUCGGGUAUUCCUGGUGGACGCCACUCAAGUGCCCAGCAAUUGCGCCUUCGCCGAGGGCUCGUUUGUGCUCACGGAGAUAUGUUCUGGCUUUGUACUGCACUCCGCUUGCUCGGUUUUUGUGGAUGGAAACUAUGAAUUGUGGUGCGGCGAAAUUGCCGGAAAGAUAAAUGUGUUUCCGUUGAACGAGACCGGAGUGUCCGGCCAUCAGGCUCUGUGUCAUAGCGAGGAGCCCAAUCUUAUCGAGGACGUCAAGGUGGCCCGCAUGUGCAGCAACGACAGCCACGUCUUCAGUUGCCUGUAUCCCGGCUGCAUGGUGUACCAGUGGGGCGUGGUCUCCAAGCGAAUUGAGAACAAGCUGGACUGCUCCAAGCUGCUGCCCUGCUCCGAAUCCCUGCAAAGCAUUGCGAUCGAUGAGCACGUGAACCUGAUCAAGUGCCAGAUUUCGGCACUGGCCGCUCACAGCACGGAGCUAUAUAUAGGAACCACCUGGGGUUGCCUAAUCGUGGCCGAGCUGAACACCCUGCGCCCUAUCAGCGUGUUUCGCCCCUACGAAAAUGAGAUAAAAUCCAUAAUAACGCUUUCUAAUGACAAGGUGCCCCUGAUCGCUACGAUCGGAAGACGGUACCGCUCCCUUAUCUCACGCUACGUAGACUCUACUGAGGCAUCCACUAUGUGCUCUGCCGUCAGCACACCCACUCAUGGUGCAGCCAAAUCCGUGCCACCGGCGGAUGUGGACAAUCACAUUCAUUGCCUGCUGUGGCGCGCCAAGCACUGGACCUAAUCUCGAUCUCAUUCGAACCAUUUGUUGACGUAUUGUAUUUAUUAAUCCACUAACACAUACACAAAAUUGUUAAAUAAGGUGCUAGAAACGAAGAAUGGUCGCUGAUAACUAUUUAGUUGCUAUCAAAUUUUAAUUGUCUCUGCUUUUUUGAGUAAGCUUUUAGUAGAAAGUAAUAGUUUUAUCAAUUUAAAUUUGGGUUUCUCGCCAAGUUGGUGGUGCAAUAUAAUUUAUACUGAUCUUGUAUAUCAUAAAAAAAGCUUCGUGUUUUGAAACAGUUUAUAUAUUUAUUUAAAUUUAAAUUCUUCAUAAAACACCUAAAAAGGUUUGCUUUCAAUAUUUUACUUUUUAGCAACAAUAGCCAUUUCAAGUUAGUUUACAAGAUUUCAUAUACA